AUGACUGGCCAUAGAAAUGCUUCUACGCCCCCAAUCGUAUCCAUACUCUCCGGUGGAAUUGCUGGAGGGGUAGAAGGCGCAGUUGGUUACCCAUUGGAGUUUGCCAAAACCCGAGUCCAACUCCAUACUGGCCCAACUAAAUUACCACGAAACCCAUUUCGCAUUGUCUUACAAGUAUACGAACAAGAAGGUUUGAGAGCUUUAUAUAAAGGUUGUGGUGCAUUGGUAGUUGGAUCUAUUGGAAAAGAUGCCGUACGAUUUGCUUCGUUUGACAGCAUCAAAACUGCCUUCCGAGAUCCCGAGACGGGUGUUCUAUCUCCUGGUCGUAAUAUGUUGGCAGGCAUGGCAGCAGGAAUUGCAGCCAGUAUCUUCGCAGUUACACCUACUGAACGUGUGAAAACUGCUCUCAUCGAUGAUGCGACUUGUAGAGCCACAAGACAAUACAAUUCCACAAUUCAUUGUGUACGUACCAUUGUUAGAGACGAUGGAUUGGUAGGUUUGUACAGGGGUUUCAUAGGCACGACGCUCAAACAGGCUUCGGCAACCUCGUUUAGGAUGGGUUCUUAUAAUAUCAUCAAGGAUUUUCAGGUCGUGCGAGGUAUUUCUCAAACUACGAUGAUGAAUUUCGCGAAUGGGGCAAUGGCGGCGGUGAUUACAACACUGGCUACACAACCUUUUGAUACAAUUAAAACAAGGAGUCAAUCUUCCAAAGUGACCACGACUACUCAGGCUGUAGUGGGUAUCAUGAAAGAUGGUGGUGUGAAGGCUUUUUGGAGAGGAACAGUCAUGAGACUAUCUCGGACGGUGUUUAGUGGUGGGGUUUUGUUCACAACCGCGGAAGCUAUGGUUAAGAUCUUAAAUCCCAUAUUUGCACCGCGGUAUGCUUAUGAAGCUACCUCUUGA